UCGCAAGAUGUCGAAAACCCCACUGUAUGCAGUUUUAGUAAUUACAAUAAGCUUAGUCUAUACAGCUGUUGCUGUAACUGUUGAUUGGUGGGAAAAUGCUUCACUUUACCAAAUCUAUCCAAGAUCUUGGAAAGAUAGCGAUGGCAAUGGAAUUGGUGACAUAAAAGGCAUAACAGAAAAACUGGAUUAUCUCAAAGAAAUUGGUAUAACAGCUUCAUGGUUAUCACCGAUCUUCAAGUCACCCAUGGUCGACAAUGGCUAUGAUAUUUCCAAUUUUACCGAAAUCGAUCCCAUCUUCGGAACUUUGGAUGAUUUUGAUGCAAUGGUUAAAAAAUUCAAAGAACUUGAUCUAAAAAUUAUCUUGGAUUUUGUGCCAAAUCAUUCGAGUGAUGAAUGUGAAUGGUUCCAGAAGUCAAUUCAUCGAGAAAAUGGCUACGAAGAUUUUUAUAUCUGGGCGGAUGGUUUUGAAGAUCCACAAAAUGCAGGACAAAAAUUACCACCAUCCAAUUGGGUUAGUGUAUUUGGUGGACCAAUGUGGACAUGGAACGAAAAACGUCAACAAUUCUAUCUUCAUCAAUUCUUGCCUCAACAACCUGAUUUUAAUUUCAGAAAUGAAAUAGUGCGCGAAAAAAUGUUGGAUGUUUUGAAAUUCUGGCUUGAUCGAGGUGUUGAUGGUUUUCGAAUUGAUGCAGUUCCUUAUAUGUUUGAAAAAGUUAAUUCCGAUGGAACGUAUCCUGAUGAAGAUCCAAAAAAUCAAAUUUACACUCAAAAUCAAAAUGAAACUGUUGAGCUGUUGUAUGAUUGGAGGAACUUUUUGGAAUCUUAUCAGAAACAAAAUGGUGGAGAUACAAGAAUCUUGCUUGCUGAAGCUUAUUCUCCGAUUGCAAUGCUUGAUAGAUAUUUUGGCAAUGGAACACACUUCGGUGCCCAUAUUCCCUUCAAUUUUGAUUUGUGGUAUGUUACUAAGGCUUCAAAUGCCAGAGAUGUACAACGUUUGGUUGAUGGUUGGAUGAAUGUCAUGUGGAAGAAGCAUCAAACAGCCAAUUGGCUGACUGGAAAUCAUGACAUGAAAAGAGUUAUCGAACGUGUUGGUCAAAACAAGACGAAUUUAGUUUAUUUCCUGCUUACUGGUUUACCAGGUGUAACUGUCACUUAUUACGGUGAAGAAAUUGGAAUGUCAAAUGUUGGUUCUCAAAAUAGUUCCUAUCAAGCAGGGCGUGCUUUUGCAAGAAGUCCUUUCCAAUGGAACGAUGAUAUUUCAGCUGGAUUCUCUUCUUCCAACAAGACUUGGUUACCAGUUGCAAAUAAUUACAAGACAGUUAAUGUAAAAAAUCAAUUGGCUGCUGAAAGAAGUUCGUUGAAAGUGUUCAAGGCCUUGCAGAAACUUAAGCAAACACCUGCUUUCAAAGCAUUUAAAAAACAAAAUGGUUUCAGCUAUAAAGCUGUUAAUGAUAAUGUUUUUCAAAUCAUUCGGUAAGUAGUGGAAUCUGCCUCGAAUAAGGAUUUUCUGUUCUAUUGUUUCAUUUUAAUUAGUCAUUCUCCAGAUGAAGAAUAUCGUAUUUUGAUAAAUUUCGGUGAUAAUGAAGAAGAUAUUGGAAAAAUAUUUAGUUCAGGAAAUGGAGAGAACAAUUUGAUGGAAUACACUGUUGUUAGUGAAAAUUCUCCUCACAA